GUGCUGGGGCUACUGCUGGCACACAGGGAUACAAUGUAUCAGGAGGAAUAGUCUGCAGACUCUCCUGAACUCUGCUGCACCAUGGGCAGGAAGGUCACUCUGGCCACCUGCUCCCUGAACCAAUGGGCUUUGGAUUUUGAAGGGAAUCUCCAUAGAAUCUUACAGAGUAUUGAGAUUGCAAAAGCAAAAGGUGCUCGGUAUCGCCUGGGCCCAGAACUAGAGAUUUGUGGGUAUGGCUGCUCGGAUCAUUUCUUUGAGCCCGAUACCAUAUUGCAUUCAUUUCAAGUCCUGGCUGAACUUCUGGAGUCUCAUAUAACCAGGGACAUCAUCUGCGAUGUAGGGAUGCCGGUGCUGCACAAAAACGUAAGAUACAACUGCAGAGUCAUAUUCCUCAACAAGAAAAUACUCCUUAUUCGGCCAAAAAUGGUGAUGGCUAAUGCUGGGAAUUAUCGGGAGUUGCGGUGGUUCACCCCAUGGAAUAAGUCAAGGGUAAUUGAGGAUCACUUUCUUCCAAGAACGAUCCAGAAGAUCACAGGACAGGACACAGUUCCAUUUGGUGAUGCAGUGUUGGCAACCAAAGACACCUGCUUGGGGUCUGAGAUCUGUGAGGAGCUGUGGGCACCUAACAGUCCUCACAUCGACAUGGGGCUGGAUGGGGUGGAGAUAUUCACUAAUGGUUCUGGGAGUCAUCAUGAAUUGAGGAAGGCCCAUCUGAGAGUAGAUCUGGUCAAGUCUACAACUACAAAGAAUGGCGGCAUUUAUCUUCUGUGCAACCUCAGGGGCUGUGACAGCGACCGGCUGUACUUUGAUGGCUGCUCCAUGAUCUCAAUCAAUGGGGACAUUGUAGCGCAGGGCGCUCAGUUUUCUCUUGAAAAUGUGGAAGUUCUUACCGCCACUUUAGAUCUUGAAGAUGUCCGCAGUUACAGAGCGCAUACGUCAUCACGCUGCAUUUCAGCGAGCAGAAAUCCUCCAUUUCAUAGAGUGCAUGUGGAUUUCUCUCUGUCCUCAUUUGAUGAUGUGUACACCCUUACUUCUGAGCCAAUCCAAUGGAAGUACCACAAUCCUGCUGAAGAAAUAAGCCUUGGACCUGCAUGUUGGCUCUGGGAUUAUUUAAGGCGCAGUAAACAGGGGGGAUUCCUCCUUCCCCUUAGUGGUGGCGUGGACAGCUCUGCAGUGGCCUGCAUUGUAUACUCCAUGUGUCGCCUUGUCUGUCAGGCCGUGGAUGCCGGCAAUGAAGAAGUUCUACAUGACAUGCGUCAAAUAGUCGGUGAUGCAUUUUACGUACCCAGGACGCCCCAGGAUCUCUGCAGUCGUCUCUUAACCACCUGCUACAUGGCAACAGAGAACUCUUCCUAUGAAACAAAGGAGCGGGCCAGGACAUUGUCCGAACAAAUAGGCAGCCACCACCUGACCCCAUGCAUUGAUGCAGCUGUUAAAGCGGUUAUCGGGAUAUUUACUAUGGUGACUGGUAAAGUUCCUCAGUUCCGUGUCCAUGGAGGAAGUGGCCAAGAGAAUCUCGCUCUUCAGAACAUUCAGGCGAGGAUACGGAUGGUAAUCGCCUAUUUAUUUGCCCAGCUAAGUCUUUGGACGCGUGGUAUGCCCGGUAGUCUGCUGGUUCUUGGCUCAGCUAAUGUGGAUGAAAGUCUCCGAGGAUAUCUCACGAAGUACGACUGUUCGAGCGCCGAUAUAAACCCCAUUGGUGGCAUAAGUAAGACCGAUCUAAGGGGUUUCAUCCAGUAUUGUAUGGACAGUUUCCAGCUUACUGCACUGACGAGCAUAUUAUCCGCCCCACCCACUGCAGAGCUGGAGCCACUCACAGACGGACAGGUGUCCCAGACAGAUGAGGAUGAUAUGGGGAUGACAUAUGAUGAGCUGUCUGUAUUUGGGAAAUUGCGUAAAGUUGUGAAAACUGGACCCUAUAGUAUGUUCUGUAAAUUGCUGCUUAUGUGGAGGGAAAUUUCACCAAGACAAGUCGGUGAGAAAGUGAAGCACUUCUUCCGCAUGUACUCCAUUAAUAGACACAAGAUGACCACACUGACACCUGCUUACCAUGCCGAGAGCUACAGCCCUGAUGAUAACCGCUUUGACCUACGGCCAUUCCUGUACAAUGCAGCGUGGACAUGGCAGUUCCGUUGUAUUGACGAACAGGUAUCCCACCUGGAGGACUGUAAGAAGGGGGCGCUGUGUGAAGAAGUAGAUUGACAUUCACCUCCUUAAUCCCUUUCAGUCUGUAAAUUCAGCAAAAGUUUGGUUCUCUAGAAUAAAUAUAAAUAAGAAUAUUACUGGAAUUUCAAUCAACCAAAACAAAUUUCUGUUUUUACUCAAUUUCUUUCAUUUAGUAAUGAGUAUUUUCUACGUAUAGGACCCACUCCUGAUGUUGGCUAAAAAUACUGACCAAAUAUUAUGGGUGUACCUAGCCUGAAAGGAUCUGUUGCUAUAAUCUUGGUGCCAGGUACCAUAGGACACCAUUGGAGGUCUUGUAGAGUCCGUGUGUCAACCG